UGGACCCGCACAUGCGCGGUAAACAUAAAAUGAACGAAACACUGUGAGACACCUCACUACCGAGUCAUGUUAAAGAGUCCUUCAUGAACGACUUAUCGCAAAGCGAAAGUAAAACCUUCCAUGGUAUCGCCAUUUUAAAGCAUCAGACUGUGCUCAAACAAACACAAAAUACACGAUCUGAGGUCAGUUUCUCAUGAUGGAGAAUAGAGAGAGCAUUGAUUCUGAAAUGAUACAGAAGAAGAAAGAACCAAGUGUUGUGCCUGUGAAGAGUGACGGCUCUAUGGGUCAUCCACCUGCAUUCACUGAUGGAUCAUCAUCUGAACCUCUAUCAGAGAGUCAGAUAAGAGCUCGUCCAGAACCCAGUGUUGUGUCUCUGAAGAGUAACUUCUCCAUGGGUCCUCCACCUAAUCUCAGUGAUGGAUCAGAAUCAUCUGACUCUCUAUCAAACAUUGGAUGUAAACAUAAUGUGAGUGCAGACGUGCAGUCGGAUUCUCAUCAUGAAUCAGUGGAUGAUGUUCUGCAGAGAGUCAAAGACAAACACAAAAGCAUCAUGAAGAACAAGUAUGAGAGGUUAUUUGAGGGAAUCAAAGUGCAACAGAAUCAAACGCUCCUGGAGAGAAUUUACACACAGCUGUACCUCAUAGAGGGAGAGAGAGAAGGAGUGAAUGAAGAACAUGAGGUUUUACACAUGGACAACGAGCCCAGAAGAACACAACAAGACACUCCAAUCUACUGCAAUGACAUCUUUAAACCUCAAUCACAUCAAAGAGAUAAAAUCAAGAGUGUUCUUACUAAAGGCAUCGCUGGAAUUGGAAAAACCGUCUCUGUGCAGAAGGUCAUUCUGGAUUGGGCCGUGGGAACAGCCAAUCAGGACGUAGAUUUCAUGUUCCUGCUUCCAUUUCGAGAGCUGAACUUGAUUCAAAAUGAUCAGUACAGUCUUCACAAACUUCUGCUGGACUUUCAUCCUGAACUUCAAGAUGUGGACUCAAAGAUUUAUGAGGAGUGUAAAGUUGUGUUCAUCUUUGAUGGUCUGGAUGAAAGCAGAAUGACACAGAUGUUUUCAGACAACAGUGAGAAAGUUCCUGAUGUGACUGACACUUCAUCAGUGGCUGUGUUGAUGUCAAACCUCAUGAAAGGAGAUCUGCUUCCCUCCGCUCUCAUCUGGAUCACCUCCAGACCAGCAGCAGCCAAUCAGAUCCCCUCCAAAUACAUCACGCGUGUGACAGAAAUCCAUGGAUUCAACGACGCUCAGAAGGAGGAAUAUUUCAGGAAGAGAAUCAGCGACGAGAAUCAAGCCAGCAGAAUCAUGUCCCACAUUAGAAGAGCGAGAAGCCUCCACAUCAUGUGUCACAUACCUGUCUUCUGCUGGAUCUCAUCCAUUGUGCUUCAGAAGAUCCUGACACAACAUCACACGGAAGAAAUCCCCAAAACUCUGAGUGAAAUGUACAUCCACUUCCUGCUGAUUCAGAUGAAGAUGAAGAAUGAGAAGUAUGAUCCAGAGAGAGAUCCAGAGAUCAACAAUGAAGUGAUUGUGAAACUUGCUGAAGUGGCUUUCAAACAGCUGAUGAAGGGCAAUGUGAUGUUCUAUGAGGAGGAUCUGAGAGAGUGUGGGAUAGACAUCACUGACGCCUCGCUGUAUUCUGGCAUCUGUACUGAGAUCUUUAAGGAGGAAUCUGUCUUUCAUCAGAGGAAGAUCUACAGCUUCAUACAUCUCAGCUUUCAGGAGUUUCUCGCCGCACUCUAUGUGUUUUACUGCCAUUUAAUGAAGAACAUUGCAGACCUGCAGAUUAUCCUGGGGAGAAGAUAUGACAAGGAUAUGAGCAGUUCUCAUGAAAUCUCUCUGUCUGGGCUACUAAAAUCAACAGUAGAUGAAGCUCUUCAGAGUGAAACUGGUCAUCUGGAUCUUUUCUUGAGAUUUCUGCUGGGGAUCUCACUGGAAUCUAAUCAGACACUCUUACAGGAUAUAUUGAAAUACAAACACAACAGCUCAGAGGACAUCAACACAAUCACACAGUACAUUAAAGAAACAAUCAAGAAUGCUGAUUCUAAUCUAUCAUCUGACAGAUCCAUCAAUCUGUUUCUGUGUCUGUCUGAAGUGAAUGAUCAGACUCUGUACAGAGAGAUUGAGGAGUUUGUGAAAUCAGACAAACACUCAGAGGAGAAACUUUCUCUCACUCACUGUUCAGCGAUAGCCUACAUGCUUCAGACGUCACAGGAAGUGAUGGAUGAGUUUGAUCUGAAGAAAUACAACACAUCACAGGAGGGCAGAAGAAGACUCAUACCAGCUGUAAUCAACUGCACCAAAGCUCUAUUGUCCGGGUGUAGACUGACUGAUAAGUGUUGUGAAAGUUUGUCUUCAUGUCUACAAUCAUCGACGUCUCUGAGAGAGCUGGACCUGAGUAACAAUGAUCUUAAGGAUUCAGGAGUGAAGGUGAUCUCUGAUGCUCUCAAGACUCACAACUGUCAUCUACAUACACUGAGAUUAUCCGGAUGUAAUGUUACUGAUGGGUGUUGUGUAAGUUUGUCUUCAUAUCUACAAUCAUCGAUGUCUCUGAGAGAGCUGGACCUGAGUAACAAUGAUCUGAAGGAUUCAAGAGUCAAGCUGAUCUCUGAUGCUCUCAAAACUCACAACUGUCAACUACACACACUGAGAUUGUCCGGGUGUAGAUUGACUUAUAAGUGUUGUGAAAGUUUGUCUUCAUAUCUACAAUCAUCGACGUCUCUGAGAGAGCUGGACCUGAGUAACAAUGAUCUGAAGGAUUCAGGAGUGAAGUUGAUCUCUGAUGCUCUCAAGACUCACAACUGUCAACUACAAACACUGAGAUUGUCUGGAUGUAAUGUGACGGAUGAGUGUUGUGAAAGUUUGUCUUCAUAUCUACAAUCAUGGAAGUCUCUGAGAGAGCUGGACCUGAGUAACAAUGAUCUGAAGGAUUCAGGAGUGAAGCUCAUCUCUGAUGCUGUCAAGACUCACAACUGUCAACUACACACACUGAGGUUGUCAGGUUGUAUGGUGACAGAUGAAGGUUGUUGUUCUUUGGCUUCAGCUCUGAGUUCAAACCCAUCACACCUGAGAGAGCUGGAUCUGAGCUACAAUCACCCACAACACUCAGCACUUCAGCUGCUCUCUGACACACUCAAUGAUCCAAACUACACAAUCAAUGUGAGUCAUGGAGGAGAGAGAAGAAUUACAGCAGGACUACACAAGUAUGCGGUUGAUCUCACACUGGAUCUAAACACAACACACACUGAACUCAAACUGUCUGAAGAGAAUAGAAAGUUCACACGUGUGAGAGAGAGUCAGUCGUAUCCUGAUCAUCCAGACAGAUUUGAUGUUCGUCCUCAGGUGUUGUGUAAUGAGAGUCUGACUGGACGCUGUUACUGGGAGGCUGAAUGGAGCGGAUCACUUGUUGAUAUAUCAGUGUCAUAUAAGAGCAUCAAGAGGAAAGGAGGGAGUAAUGACAGUGCGUUUGGACGGAAUGUAAAUUCAUGGAGUCUGUUAUGCUCUAAUAACACAUCUGCAUGGCACAAUAAUAAUCGUACAGACAUUAAUGUCUCUUCAGGUGUGUGUAAGAGAGUAGGAGUGUAUGUGGACCAGUCGGCCGGCACUCUGUCCUUCUACAGUGUCUCUGACACACACACACUCACACACUUAUACACUUACUACACAACAUUCACUGAGACUCUCUGUGCUGGAUUUACACUGGAUUAUUCUAACUCCUCAGUGUGUCUGUGUGACAUAAAUAGCCUCUAAAGAGUCUCCUUUUAAACACAAGAGAGACACACACAUAACCAGAUGAGUUAUUACACAUAAAUACUGUCAAAUCUUUUCUGCUUUCUUUCAUCUGGACAUUAUGCUCUUUUUAUCUUUCUGUGUGUGUCUGAAAAUGAGCAAAGAAAUUACUAUAACUGUCAAAUAUGAGUAAAUAUAUCGAUCAUAACAGACAUUCAACUGUAUUUGCGUUAUGUAUAUGUUUGUUUUUCCAUAUUUGUCACGUCAGACUCUUAGUCACUAGUUUGUUUCCAUCAUAGACAAAAGUAUUGUGCAAAUGGAGGAAGAAUUUCUUUGUAGUUUUCAUUGGUUGCUUGUUUCUCUGUCACUGAUGUGAAAGUUCCCAUGAACAAGAGCAGAUUUAUCUUCAUCAAAUCAUCCAUUGGUGGAGAUGAACUCUGUUUAUAUAUGCUGUCUUAUUAUCAAGGUUCAGGAGGAGCACGAGGAUCAUUUUCUCGUCUGGCUCUCCAUAAACAAUCACAUCAAUCAUCCGAACAGCCUAUAAGUAGUCAAACCCCCCUCACCUUCAUUCUCUCAUUUAUCCACAUCCCUCCUCCACCCCGACUCCACACCACGAGCCUGUCUUUACUUCAGCACCGUGGGGUAUGAUCAGAGUCCGGGCAUACACUGAGCUCAGAGCCCUCGCCACAGCACAGCUCGACAAACACACAUACUAUCUGUCCCACUUCAUUAUCUGUAAAGUGAACUCGUGAAUUUACUGUUUCUCUCUACAGAAAUAUUGAGAAAAUAGAGAAGAGGACGGAAACAUUUCCACAGAAGCCACAGAUUUUAUUAACAUAAUACAUUAAAUAUAAAAUACCAACGUAAUAUUAAAUGAUUAACAUUAUUUUAUUUAUUUCCAUAACUUAAGAGUGGUUGAUCUUUGUAAAUUCAUGUUUGUUUGUUCAAAAAUAAAUCAAAUAUUGCUAAUUGAAGCUUAAAAAUGAAUGUAGAUUUCACAUCGACUUCUGAAUUUGGCUCUAGAAUAAGAUUGCAAUGUCUCAUUUCUUGUUUCUGUCUUUGCUGGUCUUCUGUCUCUCCUGUAAGAGGUCAGUCAAGACUUUUCUUUCAUCUACUCCCUGAAUACAUCAACAAAUAAAAUGAUUCUUUACUGCAAAGAGUUGCCUAAUUUA